CUAUUUACUCAUCAACUAGUUACAACGCCGCGCAUUGGCAGAAGGAGAAACAAAACGGUGGCAGUCCGAUUGUCCGUCAUUUUCUGAUAUCGUCCUUCUCUAUCUAUACAACUAACGACAGUGUGCGCGCGCGCGCGCGAACCAGAGCGACCGGGUCGAGCAGGAUGGCGGCUGUUUCGCAGUCGGUGGCAAGCUUCUGUUCAGGUUUGGUUCGUCGUUCCAGUCACGCUAAACUACCGUUUGGAAUCAGACAGUGUAAUGGGGUCAAAAUCAAUAACUGCAAUUAUGUUUCAGUAACUUCCAGAAGGAUUGUUAGAGGAGGAAGAGGGAUUCAGUAUUUGCCUGCACGUCGUGUAGGCACCAUAUGCGCUGCAUCUGUGGGAGGGGACCAUAGUCGAUUGAGAAUUGAUGACGAUUCACCUCAGGAGCCCUACUUUUUAAGUCUUGUCAAAGAAGCAGUGUGGGGGUUGAGAUUGUUAUUCGUCUUUCUGGUUGAGCAGCCUAGUCAGCUGAAGUACAUCGAAUGGCCAGGCUUCCGUAGCACGCUUAAGACUGCUACACUUACACUAGUUCUUGUGGCGCUACUCAUCGUGGCACUUUCAUCAACAGACUCGGCCCUCAGCUAUUUGUUGGCUUUAAUUCUCAGGCGAACCCCCUGAUCACCAGAAGUACGACCAAUUAUCAAUACCAGAAUUAUGACUGAGCUCAUCUGUUGGAGAUGCUACAUUGCACAUUCCAUGGAACAUCGCCCCUUUGGUGUGUUGCUAUCGAAACAACACACCAAAUUAUGUGAGUGCCGUUUUAGCAUAAUCUGCACAUUAUCAUAGUGUACCCUGUUCUUUUCACAAUUAGAGAUACCUAUCAAACAAGAUAGACCUUCACUAUUGUUUUAUUUAUGCUUGCGUCUAGUAGGCAAUGAGGGUCAAAAUGCUGGUAAUUGAAUCAUUAUAAGCUAAUUUUGUUGGUGAAAACCCGAACGAGCAAUUUCAACCAGCCGAUGACCUAUUUGGUUUA